GGAGCCCGAGCCGUGCGCCCCACGUGGUCCAUGGCGGGGUCCGCGCCGGGGUGGCGGCUGCUGCCGCUCGCCACGCUGGCCCUGGUCGUCCUGGCGCUGGCCCUAGGGCUGCCCGCGGCCCAGGCCGGCCAGACGCCGCGGCCCGCCGAGCGGGGGCCCCCGGUACGCCUGUUCACCGAGGAGGAGCUGGCGCGCUACGGCGGCACCGAGGAAGAUCAGCCCAUCUACUUGGCGGUGAAGGGAGUGGUGUUUGACGUCACUUCUGGAAAAGAGUUUUAUGGGCGAGGAGCCCCCUACAAUGCCCUGGCUGGGAAGGACUCCACCAGAGGGGUGGCCAAGAUGUCACUGGACCCUGCGGACCUCACCCAUGACACUACGGGGCUUACAGACAAGGAGCUGGAGACCCUGGAAGACGUCUUCACCACAGUGUACAAAGCCAAGUACCCCAUCGUCGGCUACACAGCCCGGAGGAUCCUCAACGAGGACGGCAGCCCCAACCUGGACUUCAAACCCGAAGACCAGCCCCAUUUUGACAUCAAGGAUGAGUUCUGAUGUCCCAUUGGGGGUGCGGCUCCUUGGGAGGUACAGUGGGGGGACAGGCGCUAAAUCUCCCACAGACCCGUCGGCCCAGUCUGAAUAAAGCAGCUGUUGGCCCAGAGCGGCAGCUGCCUUUUACAGUCCUCGGUCAAGAGCGCUGUCCACCCAGACGUCCCUGCCUGCACACUGCAGGGUCCUCAGCAUAGCCACCACCUGCAUAUCAGCAUCGGCCACCUGGGCACUGGAUUCUGAGUGACCUUUGAGUCUUUUUUAUACUUUUCUGUACUUGGCAAGUUUUCUAUGCGAUCCCAUUUAUAAUAAGAACAAAAAUAAACUUCCUGUUGUUACAAAAAUAGAA